ACGCGGGCGCUGACACCUACCGCGUGCGUAAGACAAUAACAGAACUAAGACAUCCAAACUUUCAGCGACUUCCUCCUUUUCUUUUCUUGAGUGAUAAAUGAUGGUCCUCUUUUCGUUCCCAAUUCUAAUCAUUCUGUGAAAAUUCUUAAAUUCCAAACACCCUAAUCAUAAAAUUUCUUCCCCAAAAAUGGCAUCUCAAUACUCUAGUGAACGCACCUGGUUUCGAACCCGAAUCCUAACCAAUCACUUCCUCAGUUCUCCUUCUCAAUCCGUUUCUCCUCUGGAAUCGAAUGCUUGCCUAAGCUAUUCUCCUCCUGAGCUACAUGAAAGUUACGAUUUUUAUACCAACGAGAUGCGGAAAUUGCUGGACAUGCACAAUAUCGAGGAUAGGGAUUGGUUGUUUGGGUUGAUGAGGCAGAGCAAAGUGUUUAAUCCUCAAGAGAAGGGAGGGAGAGUGUAUGUUGCGCCGGAUUAUAAUCAGUCGAUGGAGCAGCAGAGGGAGAUGACGAUGAGACGGAUAGCUUAUCUGUUGGAAAGAGGAAUUUUUAAUGGAUGGUUGACAGGGAAAGGAUUAGAAUUGGAAAUGAAAAAGUUUGCUUUUUUGGAAGUUGUUGGGAUUUUUGAUCACUCCCUCUCUGUUAAGCUUGGUGUUCACUUCUUUUUGUGGGGUGGUGCUAUCAAGUUUUUUGGCACAGAGCGCCAUCAUGACAAGUGGCUGAGGGACACUGAAACUUAUGCAAUCAAGGGUUGCUUUGCUAUGUCAGAAUUGGGGCAUGGAAGUAAUGUCAGAGGAAUUGAAACUGUGACUGUUUAUGAUUCGAAAACUGGGGAGUUUGUCAUCAACACUCCUUGUGAAUCAGCUCAGAAGUAUUGGAUCGGCGGGGCUGCGAAUCAUGCGACACACACAAUAGUCUUUUCUCAGCUCAAUAUAAAUGGAUCAAAUGAAGGAGUGCAUGCGUUUAUAGCUCAGAUCAGGGAUGCAGAUGGAAACAUAUGCCCUAACAUCCGUAUAGCUGACUGUGGUCAUAAAAUUGGUUUAAAUGGUGUUGAUAAUGGUCGAAUCUGGUUUAACAAUCUGAGAAUACCCAGAGAGAAUCUGUUGAAUUCAGUUGCUGAUGUUUCAUCAGAUGGAAAAUAUCUGAGUGCAAUAAAAGACCCGGAUCAGAGAUUUGCAGCUUUCUUGGCUCCUUUGACAUCUGGUCGUGUAACUAUUGCUGUUAGUGCGAUUUACUCAUCAAAGAUAAGUUUAGCAACUGCGAUAAGGUACUCAUUAACUAGGCGGGCUUUUUCUAUCACACCUAAUGGACCUGAAGUUCUAUUGCUUGAUUACCCAAGUCAUCAGCGACGACUCUUGCCUCUUCUUGCAAAGACAUAUGCUAUGAGUUUUGCUGGAAAUUAUUUGAAAAUGAUAUACUGGAAGAGGACACCAGAGUCAAAUAAAACCCUUCAUGUUGUUUCAAGUGCAUUCAAGGCCACCUUGACCUGGCAUAAUAUGAGAACACUUCAAGAAUGUCGUGAAGCUUGUGGAGGACAAGGCUUGAAGACUGAAAAUCGAGUUGGCCAUUUAAAAAGUGAAUAUGAUGUUCAGACUACCUUUGAGGGGGACAAUAAUGUUCUUAUGCAGCAGGUCAGCAAGGCACUCCUUGCAGAAUAUGUAGCCACUCAGAAGAAAAAGAAACCUUUUAAGGGAUUGGGAUUAGAACACAUGAAUGAACCUUGCCCUAUAAUUCCAUCUCAGCUGACAAGUACUGUUCUCAGAAGUACCCAAUUCCAGAUUGGUGCUUUCUGCUUAAGAGAGCGAGAUCUUUUGAAUCGUUUUGCUGCUGAAAUAUCACAGCAUCAAGCAAAGGGUGAAAGUAAAGAGUAUGCAUUUAUUUUGGGUUAUCAACUUGCGGAAGACUUGGGCAGGGCUUUCUCAGACCGAGCAAUAUUGCAAACCUUCAUGGAGGCUGAGGCAACUGUAUCUGUGGGUCCAUUGAAGAAUGUUUUGAGUCUGUUGAGAUCAAUGUAUGCCUUAACUUGUAUGGAAGAAGAUGCUGCAUUCCUUCGGUAUGGGUACUUAUCAACAAAAAAUGCUGCUGCUGUAAGAAAAGAAGUAACAAAGCUUUGCAGCGAAGUGCGACCGCAUGCACUUGCUUUGGUCAGUUCCUUUGGCAUUCCUGAUGCUUUUCUGGGCCCUAUAGCAUAUAACUGGAUAGAUGCAAACUCUUGGUCUUCAGUUAAACACUAGUAACAGGCGUUUUGAUCUCUUCUUUUUGAGCUUCAAGUAAAAGGUCCACUCAUCAAGUUUUAAUAAGAAGCCCUGGGGUAACACUUUACCCAAAUUGAUGUAAUGCCUGCUUAUCUGUAAAACUGCUUAUUAAUAAAGCUGCACUAUUACUUACUAAAC